AUGGGAAGAGUGUCAGGAAGACCCAAAUUCCGCCCUCCUAGAAAGCGCAACCGCACCUUUACCGGUUGCUGGCGUUGUCGUUCUCGCAAAGUGAAAUGCGGAGGGGAGAAGCCCGCCUGUCGCGCUUGCCUGCGUCUUGGAGGUGUUUGCAGCGGAUAUGAUGCAAAGGUGAUUUGGGUCGACGAAGACACUCAAACAUUCAAGUCUGACGGCCGCCGUCAUGUACAGUGCCAACUGACUUGGGCCGGUGUGCCCGUGCUCAAUUCAGACCUGGUCGACUUUCUCAUCGAAAAAUGCGACCAGGAAGCUAGCGACAGCAUCUCAGGUUCUUUGAGCACGUCGUCCAUCGCUUCGACCCACAAUCCAUUCUCCGCCCUACGAUUCGAUCGAACAACGCCUCAAGAUGUCUCCCCUGUACCACUCACCCUCCCCUUGGUACCAAGUCUCAACAGCUAUUCGCUUGCUCCAGAAGAAAACCAUCUAUUCCAACACUACGUAAACCAUGUCGCUGUCAUCAUGAUGCCCUUUGAGCAUUCGCGCAAUCCGUGGACGUCCUCAUAUCCUGCCGCCGCCCUUCAUUAUUCCUCAACAGAACAACGAGCAUUAUACGAUGCGAUCUUGUCCCACUCUGGAUUUCAUCUUGCCCAACUAUCGAAUGAUAGAGACAGGUGGGCCAUAUUGGCAACCAAGCAUUACAACAAGGCGAUUCAAAUGCUCAUGAAAAGCAUCAGUCAGGAACGAAUGCAGUAUGGUCCCACUGUCGCAGCAAUAAUGACGCUCCUUAUGGCUGAGACCUACAGUGGCCGGUCGGAGGUUUGGAAACAUCAUCUCAAGGGUGCCUGGUCGCUUUUGCUCGAGCAUCGAGCCACGGAGCCGUGGCUCGACUCAGAUUUCGCUUGCAUUUCAACACAGAGUCUCAACAUCAUACGUAUCGUCGCUCAAACAGCGCGGCUGGAUGCUGGUGGACUUGGUCAAGAUGCCAUUCGAUGUCCAGGCAGCGGAUGCGGCUCCACCAAGGACUCAACUUUAGUGUCGUCAAUCGCCUCUACCUUGGACUUUGGUUUCACCAUCGGGGCCACUAAGGACAUCAUGGAGUGUAUUUCGCGAAUAACUGCCACGGCUCGUGAUAUUCAGGUUAAUGGGCACUUGCCAUCCAUGGACGACGAAAUAUCAAGCAUUCUUGAACAACUGAAGACCUGUGAGGGCAACCUAAAGUCGCUAUCUCUCUACCCAGGCAACGAUGCCAUACUUCUGACGCCGAACGGUCUCGAGAGUAUUUCAACUCCAAGAGACGUGCCAUAUCACCAAUUGCGGGCGUUCAUCCUGGCAACCUAUGUCUACUUUUACCGGGUCAUCUUUGAUUUGCCUCCCUGUAGCCUGACUGCAUAUGUCAGCUCCACCUUUGAGCACGUUGCGAACUUUUCGGGCAAACACGCUGGCAAUUUUUCUCUGUGGCCGGCCUUCAUUGCAGCAACUGAGGCAUACACAGACAAUGACAUGCGCUUGGCUCGAGAUUGGCUGCAGCAUGCACUCUCCUUUGGUAUGGGCAGUAGAGCCCAUGUGCAGACUGUCCUCGAGGAGUUGUGGCAUAGGAGAGAACGCAUUGCGCAAAACUUAGGCGUAGACAAGGGAUCGGUCUCUGUGGAUUGGAGACAAGUUAUGCGAGAUCUUCAGGUGGACGUUCUCCUGGUUUAA